CUCAUCACCAGACAUGGAGUCCAGCUAUGGGGGAGGCUUGCUAGAUAUGGUGAAAGGAGGAGCAGGGAGACUCUUCAGCAAUUUGAAGGAUAACCUGAAGGAUACCCUGAAGGAUACAUCUUCAAAGGUCAUGCAAUCUGUUGCCAGUUACACCAAGGGAGAGCUAGAUAUUUCAUACAUUACCUCAAGAAUCAUAGUAAUGUCUUUUCCGGCUGAAGGUGUUGAAUUGGGAUUCAGGAACCACAUUGAAGAUGUACGGACGUUUUUGGAUUCCAGACAUCCUGACCACUACACAGUCUUCAACUUGUCACCCAAGUAUUAUCGCAGUGCCAAGUUUCACAACCGGGUAUCCGAAUGUAGCUGGCCAGUACGACAAGCGCCCAGUCUGCACAACCUCUACGCCGUCUGUAAGAACAUGCACAACUGGCUACAGCAGAACCCCAAAAACGUGUGUGUCAUCCACUGCAUGGAUGGCCGUGCAGCCUCAGCUGUUCUGGUCAGUGCGAUGUUCUGCUUCUGUCACCUCUUCUCUAAUCCAGGCCCUGCCAUGCAGCUGCUGAACACAAAGAGACCUGGAAUUGUACUGUGGCCGUCUCACAGGAGAUACAUAGGAUACAUUUGUGAUCUAAUAGCAGACAAGCCCGUCAUUCCUCACUGCAAACCACUUACUAUCAAGUCAGUCACCCUCAGUCCGGUCCCUUGUUUCAACAAGCAACGAAAUGGGUGCCGGCCCUUCUGCGACAUUCUCAGUGGAGAAACCCGGAUCCUUACCACUUCCCAGGAGUAUGAAAGAAUGAAAGAAUACCGUGUGCAAGAAGGGAAAGUCUUAAUUCCACUGGGAGCCACUGUCCAUGGAGAUGUUGUUGUUUCUGUCUACCAUAUGAGAUCAACCAUCGGGGGACGCCUUCAAGCAAAAAUGACCAACACACAAAUAUUCCAAAUUCAAUUUCAUACUGGAUUCAUAGCCCUGGGAACAACCACACUAAAAUUCACCAAGCCUGAACUGGAUGCCUGUGACUCUCCAGACAAAUAUCCUCAGCUCUUUCAUGUUAUACUGGAGAUAGAAAUACAGUCUACUGACAGACAAACCGAAUUAACUCCCCCAUGGGAGAACUUCACAACAAAAGACAUCAAUCCAACCAUUCUUUUCUCCUCUCAUCAGGAGCAUCAGGACACUCUUGCUUUGGCAGGCAGAGGUCCCACUGAUUCACCCCAGGAUAACAUAAGAAAUGUUGGACAGAGUGCAUUCUUCUCAUCUCUCAGCUGGCAAGAUCAGAAAUCUGACAAAAGUAGCUCUCACCCCACCUCAGAGGAUCGAGCAGCGUUGGUGCAUGAGGAAAGCGAACAGUCAGAUGACGAACUCUUGUCCCUUUCCAGUCAGCACAGUAAUGCCAGUGGUGACAAGCCUCAUGGGACACCAAAACACAGCAAAAAGCAGCAAGAGCCUCCGGUACCACCUCCGCCUGAAGACGUGGACCUGCUGGGCCUGGAUGGUAGCCCUAUGAGCAAGAGUUUUCCCUCACAGCCUACUGCUGCCCCCUCUAACUCAGACUUGCUGAACGAUUUGUUUGGGGUUGGCGGGCCAAGUUCCCAGAGUCAAAGCGGACAGCCCGCUGCUGAGGAGGUCUUCCAUGUGGGGGGACCCGGAUCUGUGCAGUCAACUCCUCGGCGUUCCGCAGCUUCGGCAUCUCCAUCCCCGUCCCCAAGGGUAGGAGAAGGUAAUAGUGGCUAUGCUUAG